UACACAACAGACACUGGCUUGUUGAGCGGGGAGGUGUGUGUCUGCUGACAGAUGUGGGGCCUCACAGCUGUUAGACGCUGGAAACCUGGUCCUGGUGGAGGAUCUGCCGGAGGAGCGGAGCUCGGUCCAGGAUACAGAUCGCGCCUUGGCCCUGUCUCCCACCGGAUGAGCGCGCACCAUGACGGACACCGUCACCGUGGGUCCAGCCGGAGGCGGCGAGCUCCGGGACAGCUCGGACUCGGACUCGGAGCCGGAAGCCGAGCCCGCUCGAGCGGCCGGGGUCGGGGUGCCCCCGUCCGGCACCCAGGUGAUCCACAGCGGACACUUCAUGGUGUCGUCGCCCCACAGCGACUCGGCGCCGCGCAGGCGGAAGAGCGGAGGGUCCCUGCGCUACGACUUCGACACGGUGAACAGGACGUGGUGCCAGACGUACCGCUACGGGCCGUUCAGCUCCGGGAGCCUGAGCAUCGACCCCACGCUGACCCGCCUGUUCGAGUGCAUGUCUCUGGCCUACAGCGGUAAGAUCGUCUCACCCAAGUGGAAGUCCUUCAAGGGCCUGCGGCUGCUGUGGAGGGACAAGAUCCGCCUGAACAACGCCAUCUGGAGGGCCUGGUUCAUCCAGUAUGUGGAGAGGAGGAAGAACCCCGUGUGCGGGUUCGUCACCCCGCUGGAGGGCUCCGAGGCCGACGCGCACAGGAAGCCUGAGGCCAUCGUGUUGGAGGGCAGCUACUGGAAGCAGCGGAUUGAAGUGGUGAUCAGAGAGUAUCACAAGUGGAGAAUUUACUAUAAAAAGAGACUCCAGAAGAAGAAGGAUGACAUUCUAUCAAUGCUACAGGAGGGUCAGGUGUGCCAGGCCCGGACGGAGAAAUGGUCCAUUCAGAUGUACGAGGAGCCUGAGCCUGCGCCGGUGGAGGCCCACAUGUUUGACCUGGACUGCCUCCUGUCGGACAUCUCCGACACCCUGUUCACCAUGACACAGAAGCCCUGCGCCUGGACCGGAGACCGACACAGCGCUUACACCAGCAACGCAGACAUCAUCCAGCCGGGCCUGAGUCCACUGCAGCCAAACCUGGAAGAUUUCAUGGAUAUACCAGACAUCUUUCUGAGCUACAGGGCCCAGUCCAGUGAGCAGACUGGGUUUACUGACUGUGACUAUUAUGGGAGCUCCUCCAGCACACCAUUGGGUCCAGUUGCCUUCCCUGUGGUGACAGCACCUCAGCUUCUCGUCAACACCCAGCUGGCUCAGCCCGCUCUGUCUUGCGAGGAUUUGCCUCAGCAUUCGUCAUCUACCACUCAGCCAGAGCAGACCAGUCCAGGCCAGGACUGCAGUGAAUACCACCCAGAAGCCGCGGCGUAUGACCCUCAGACCUACUCUGACCCUCCUGCUUCUAUAGCGUUCACCAGCGGCGCUGAGCAGCCGGCCGCUUCAAACGUUCCCCUUUUAUACCCCCUGCUGUGCCCAAAGUUUGGUUACUACGCAACAAGCAGCGUGACCUCCACUGUCAUCACUCACACUGCCUCCACGGUGGAGGCGCCAGGCUCUGCUCUCCAGGCUCCCAGCUACGCUCAUCCCCAGAGACCGUACCACUCGCUCACCUACCCAGCUGCUGUGGCUGACCCGGUCGGUUCAUCCAUGGCCUCUGUCACAGCGGCCCACUGCUUCUCGGUCCCUGAGCAGGUGGCUGUCACAGGGGUCAGAGGGAAGCACAAGCAAAAAACUGGCGUAAGGACACUUGGAGCCUCUGCGGCUUCGUCUGGUCCCCUGUCUACUGACCCGACACCCAGCAGCUGCCUGGCUAAACUGCUUUCCUCCAGCACCUGUGAACGGAAACCAUCAGUGGGAUUUGAUGCUGCUCUGGUCACAAACAAAGGUCAAAGGUCAUCAUCGCCCAGCUCCUCGGCGAGCGGCAGCAACUGCGUUGGAGGAGCUUCAACACAGCUGCAGCGUGGGGCUGCAUGGCCGGCGGUCGUUCCAGUUCUGACUCCUCUGCACCAAACGAACAGUCCCGCUGGACCCAGCACCAUCACCACCAGAGGCUCGUCCGCCCCGCUCAGACAUAGCGCCGCACACGGUAGCGCCACCCUCCUCAUCCCCAAAACUGAGAAACUGUCUCCUGUCCAGCUGUACAGCAUGGACAGAAGCAGCCUAACUGCACAUUUGACCGGACAUGCAGGCCAGACGUCCCCACCACACCCUUUAGACAAAGCGUCCAACCCAGAGUCCCCACACAGAGGCUUCUCUGGACAGGCAAAGCAGACACAGACCAGGAGGGUAACUCACAUCUCAGCCGAGCAGAAGCGGCGCUUCAACAUCAAACUGGGAUUUGACACUCUGCAUAACCUGGUGACAACACUCAGCUCUCAGCCGAGCAUCAAGAUCAGCAAAGCCACCACACUGCAGAAAACGGCCGAGUACAUCGGAAAGAUGCAGCAGGAGAGAGCCCAGCUGCACGAAGAGACUCAGAGACUCCGAGAGGAGAUCCAGCUGCUCAACUCUGCCAUCAACUCAUGCCAGCAGCAGCUGCCAGCCACUGGAGUGCCCAUCACACGGCAACGCUUCGACCACAUGAGGCAGAAGUUCAGAGACUACGUCCAGGCGCAAACUCUGCAGAACUGGAAGUUCUGGAUCUUUAGUAUCAUCAUCGAGCCGCUGUUUGAGUCCUAUAAUGGAAUGGUGUCCACUGCCAGUGCUGAGGACCUAUGUCAAUCCACUCUAUCCUGGUUGGACCAGCACUGCUCCCUGCCUGCCCUAAGACCCAUGGUUCUGAGAUCGCUUCGUUUCCUGAGCACCACAACAGCCAUCCUCACAGACCCCGGCCUACUGCCAGAGCACGCAGCCCUCGCCGUCACUCAGGGCAACCUGGCUGCAGCCGUGGAGCUCUCUUUACAGCCCGCCACACGGGACAGUACACACCCUAUGUGACUUAUCAGGACUUAACAGAAGAGCAUGGGGAGCUGUCAAUACCUGUCACAGUCGAUGAACUCACCACCUGCAAAAAGGAUUUAUUCAAGUUCACCUAAUUGAAUGUAUCAAACUAUAUUUAACCCUGUAUGCUGUAAUUCUGAUUAGGUAUGUAGUUUUAAUAUACACACGAAAGACUGAGCGUCUGAGAAUGAUUUCCCUAGAAAAGCACAAAUACAAAUGAUUGAAGUUAUUUACAAGGUUUAAUUUUAGCAUAUUAAGAUCAGUGAUACUGGCAAUAAACGAUGGAAUGUACUAGCA